AUCCCUUGUUUGUUGUUGCGCUGUACGAUUUUCCUGCCUCGAGUGACCGUGACUUGGAGCUGGUCAAGGGUGAGAAACUCCAGGUCCUCUCCAAUGAGGGCGAGUGGUGGCUGGCAAAAUCCCUGAGCACUGGGAGGAAAGGAUACAUCCCCAGCAACUUCGUGGCACAAGUGGACAGUUUGGAAGAGGAAAAGUGGUAUUUUAGAACUCUGAGCAGAAAAGAUGCUGAACGGCUGCUGCUGUCUUCUGGGAACAAAGUUGGCUCUUUCCUCGUCCGGGAGAGCGAAACCACCAAAGAUGCCUACUCCCUGUCGGUGAGGGACAGCAACUCCGUGCACGGGGACGUCAUCAAACACUACAGGAUCCGCUCCCUCGAUGGAGGGGGGUUUUACAUCUCCCCCAGGAUGACCUUCUCCAGCCUGCCAGAGCUCAUCCAUCAUUACAGCCAGAAAGGGGAUGGGCUGUGCCAGCGCCUCACAGCUCCCUGCACAUCCCUGGUUCCCCAGAGACCCUGGGCACAGGAYGAGUGGGAGAUCCCUCGGGACACCCUGAAGCUUGUGAAGAAGAUGGGCAGCGGGCAGUUUGGGGAAGUGUGGAUGGGCUACUACAAGAACAACGUCAAGGUGGCUGUGAAGACCUUGAAGGAGGGCAGCAUGGAUCCUGACGCCUUCCUGGCAGAGGCAAACCUGAUGAAGAAGCUCCAGCAUAACAAACUGGUGCGGUUGUACGCCGUGGUUACCCAGCAGCCCAUCUACAUCGUCACAGAGUACAUGGCCAAAGGGUGUUUGCUGGAUUUCCUGAAGACAGACGAAGGGAGCCAACUGAAGCUCCCCAAACUCAUUGACAUCUCUGCUCAGGUGGCAGAGGGCAUGGCUUACAUCGAGCGCAUGAACUUCAUCCACCGCGACCUAAGGGCCGCCAACAUCCUCGUCUCGGAGACGCUGUGCUGCAAAAUCGCCGAUUUCGGCCUGGCCAGGCUCAUCGAGAACGAAUACCUGGCACAGGAAGGUGCCAAAUUCCCCAUCAAAUGGACUGCUCCAGAGGCCAUUAACUAUGGGGUUUUCACCAUCAAAUCUGACGUGUGGUCUUUCGGGAUCCUCCUGACAGAGAUCAUCACCUAUGGCCGGAUCCCUUAUCCAGGAAUGACCAACCCCGAGGUGAUCCGCAACCUGGAGCGGGGCUACCGCAUGCCGUGCCCGGAGAUGUGUCCCGGGGAGCUCUACAGCGUCAUCCUCAAGUGCUGGCGCACCAACCCCGAGGAGCGYCCCACCUUCGAGUACCUGCAGUCGGUGCUCGAGGAUUUCUACACCUCCACGGAGAAGCAGUACGAGCCCGAGCCGCAGCAGUGAGCCGCCGCCCCGCCAGCUGCGGGGGACAGCGCUGCGCGACAGCCACCRGUGGCUCGGUGCCGGCGUGUCCCUUCCUCCCGUCCGCACGUGGAGAUGGGGAACGAGGAGGGACAUGAAGGAGGAGGAUGCUGCCGGCUCUGUGGCUGUCACAGAGACUGAAAAGAGGGCUGAGAGAUGGCUCAGCCGCUUCSGAGGGCUGCGCCCGCUUCGCAGGCAUCACCUCUGGCGCGAAGGACAGCAAACCCCUUCGUGACCCACUUGGAUACAGAAAAUCCCCUCAGCCCCGCACCUGCAGCCCCGGGAGGAGGGGUUUGUGGCCAGGGUGGCGGUGUGGGGGUGCAGAAUCUCUGCCCCACCUCUGAGCGCACCGCUGGCAAUCCCGCACCCUCUCCGUGCCGCGGGCAGCGCUGGGAGCGUGUCCUGUCCGCGCCUCCUCGGGCCGCACCGGCUCUGGAGCG